CAGCAACCAAAAGCCCCUGCAGAAACAUAUAUUUUCUUUCAAGAAUUCUCUCGUCCUCUUCACUCAAAAUGUGUUUAAGAAAUUCGAAGUGUUGGAGCCUAGAUUAGUCGUGCUCUCUGGUACUGCCAAUAGCUAAGUAUAAAGCUGAGCUGUUGAUCAUGAGUGCUGUGUGACCUCUCUCUUUGUCUGUUACUCUAAGUUGUUAAUGUGAUGAACAAGGAAAUACCUAGUCGCUCGAAUCCAAAACGAAGAUGUACAGAAAUUGAGAAAUGCUACUUUGAAUUCAAAGUUGCCCAGAAUUGCAGGUAUCAAAAUUCAAGAUGGAUAUAAUAACUCAACUGCAAGAACAGGUGAAUACAAUUGCAGGUCUUGCCUUCAACACCUUUGGGACGCUUCAAAGGGAUGCUCCUCCAGUUAGGUUGUCUCCUAAUUAUCCGGAACCUCCUGCUAAUCCAUCUAGUGCUGCAGAGGAUGCAGCUAGUCUUGCUGAGCAACCAAAGCUCAUGAGUGCUGCACUUGUCAACGCUGCCAAGCAGUUUGAUCUGUUGGUAGCUGCCCUUCCAUUAGCUGAGGGAGGUGAAGAAGCUCAGCUGAAAAGAAUUGUAGAACUUCAGGCUGAAAAUGAUGCUGUAGGCCAAGAACUACAAAAACAACUGGAAGCUGCGGAUAACGAAUUAAAGCAGGUGCAGGAGUUGUUCAGGCAAGCAACAGACAACUGCUUGAACUUAAAGAAACCAGAUUGAAGGCUAGGCAAAUUUUCAGCAUAAUUGUGAUAAGCAUUUUGUAGUACUAAUCUGUUUGGUAGCAUUGCACUCUGCGGCAAGUAAAUUUUUUUUUUUUUUUUGGCACUGUGAAAUCCCAUUAGAAAAUCCAUUCUUCAUAUCUAUCUGAA